GGAACAAGCCUGUAAGACGCAAGACCAACAACAAAAUCGGGGCAACAUCUGGUAGAACUGGCCGCUCUCCCCUCAGCAUCCUACAGGAUGAUAAUUCCCCCAGUGCUCCUGCCCCUCGCCAGGGUAAGAGGCAUGUGUUGGGAGAGAACCUUGGGGAGAAGAAGGAAGUGACAAUGGAUCUGAGCAGGAGCCUCAAGUCUGGGAACUGUGCUUGGAGUGACUUGAACAAAGAGAACAAACAGUGUCCUUUUGUGGAGAACUAG